AUGUGCCGACAAAUUAACACUAAAAAGUAUCAGACGCUGCAAAGAGUGCUCUGGCGCGACAAUCCGCAGGAUGAAUUAAAGUGCCUUCAGCUAAGCACAAUCACAUACGGGACUGCCCUCGAACAGACCACUAUUGAUAUCUGGCAUCACGUGGGUACCGAGGAUAACCCCGCUGACUUGAUAUCCAGAGACUGCGAUUUGCUGGUGCUAGCCAAUAGCGAAGUAUGUCUCGGCGGGCGCAGCUGGCUGGACGAACGCAGCGCAGCGCGCACGCUCGCGGCCCCCAACUAA